GCCAGGGGACCGGGCGAGGCCGAGGGAAACGCAGGAGCUGGCUGGGGGACGGGAGGAAGCAGGGCGCGGAUGGUGGGUUGGGGGGUUGAGAAAGGAUAAUGACGGGGGUGGCUGAAGCGAGAAGGCGGCUUCCGAGGCCUGAGGCGGGUGUCAGAGGUAGGGAAGGAGGUGGGAUGGUUGCACAGGGUGGCCAGAGGGUGCUGGGUGUGGGUGUGAAAAGCUUAGGAAGACACCAGGUCUCUGAUCACCGUGCCUGGUGCAGUGCUUUAUGCACCGCAGGCCUCAGUCACUGUUGCUGCCUGAAUGUGUUCUUUGGGAGAAGGGAAGGGCAGGGGUUGGAGAAAAGAGAAUCCUUGCAGGAAACGUAGUGGGAGCGUGCACUAGGAGAGAGGCCGGAGGGAAAGAUGCCGGGUAGGUGGAGGAAUGCAGGGGGUGGCUGUGGAGGAGUCUUGAGGAUUCUGGGGGGGUGUUCAUUGUGCAGAUACAUUAGGUAUUUCGUUGUGGAAAGAACUGAAGCGUUUCUAAGGAAAGAAAAGAAGGGAUAUAAGGAGUUUCCCUGAAUAGAAAGGGUAGGUUUGAAGCAAGAGGGAGUGCUAAAUACUGGAGAAUAUGAAGAGAAUGCAUGAUAGAAUAGACAGAUGUAGCAGAAUUAAUAAGUGUUGGCCCAAGGACUAAAGAGUUAUUCCAGAUGGGCCAGGAUGGCCUAGUUCCGAACCUGUUUGGGCUCUUCUGUAGAUGACAUUCGGAUAGAGGGAGGAAUCAACAGCUUGGAAAUUCAGCCAAGUGAUCUGGCGGGAUGGGCAUUUGCCUGACCUAUUUUGUAGAGGAAUUGGAUGGCAUAAAUGAUUGAAGUGGUAUUGAGGGUCUCUGAAGCCUAUGAAAGGUAGAAACUCAACCAUGAUUUCUUUUUCAACUCUACAGCAUUCCCUUCCUUGAAGUCUUCAUUUUUACGUUAGUCUCAGGCAUUUAUACUUAAGCAUGAACAUUGACGACAAACUGGAAGGAUUAUUUCUUAAAUGUGGCGGCAUAGACGAAAUGCAGUCUUCCAGGGCAAUGGUUGUAAUGGGUGGAGUGUCUGGCCAGUCUACUGUGUCUGGAGAGCUGCAGGAGUCAGUUCUUCAAGAUCGGAGUAUGCCUCACCAGGAGAUCCUUGCUGCAGAUGAAGUGUUACAAGAAAGUGAAAUGAGACAGCAGGAUAUGAUAUCACAUGAUGAACUCAUGGUCCAUGAGGAGACAGUGAAAAAUGAUGAAGAGCAGAUGGAGACACAUGAAAGACUUCCUCAAGGACUACAGUAUGCACUUAAUGUCCCUAUAAGUGUAAAGCAGGAAAUUACUUUUACUGAUGUAUCUGAGCAACUGAUGAGAGACAAAAAACAAAUCAGAGAGCCAGUAGACUUACAGAAAAAGAAGAAACGGAAACAACGUUCUCCUGCAAAAAUCCUUACAAUAAAUGAGGAUGGAUCACUUGGUUUGAAAACCCCUAAAUCUCACGUUUGUGAGCACUGCAAUGCUGCCUUUAGAACGAACUAUCACUUACAGAGACAUGUCUUCAUUCAUACAGGUGAAAAACCAUUUCAAUGUAGUCAAUGUGACAUGCGUUUCAUACAGAAGUACCUGCUACAGAGACAUGAGAAGAUUCAUACUGGUGAAAAACCAUUUCGCUGUGAUGAAUGUGGUAUGAGAUUCAUUCAAAAAUAUCAUAUGGAAAGGCAUAAGAGAACUCAUAGUGGAGAAAAACCCUACCAGUGUGAAUACUGUUUACAGUAUUUUUCCAGAACAGAUCGUGUACUGAAACAUAAACGUAUGUGCCAUGAAAAUCAUGACAAAAAACUAAACAGAUGUGCCAUCAAAGGUGGCCUUCUGACAUCUGAGGAAGAUUCUGGCUUUUCUACAUCACCAAAAGAUAACUCACUGCCAAAAAAGAAGAGGCAGAAAACUGAGAAAAAAUCAUCUGGGAUGGACAAAGAGAGUUCUUUGGACAAAUCUGACCUGAAGAAAGACAAAAAUGAUUACUUGCCUCUUUACUCUUCAAGUACUAAAGUAAAAGAUGAGUAUAUGGUGGCAGAGUAUGCUGUUGAAAUGCCACAUUCUUCAGUUGGGGGAUCGCAUUUAGAAGAUGCAUCAGGAGAAAUACAUCCACCUAAGUUGGUUCUCAAAAAAAUUAAUAGUAAGAGAAGUCUGAAACAGCCAUUGGAGCAAAAUCAAACAAUUUCGCCUUUAUCCACAUAUGAAGAGAGCAAAGUUUCAAAGUAUGCUUUUGAACUUGUGGACAAACAAGCUUUACUGGACUCAGAAGGCAAUGCUGACAUUGACCAGGUUGACAAUUUGCAAGAGGGGCCUAGUAAACCUGUGCACAGUAGCACUAAUUAUGAUGAUGCCAUGCAGUUUUUGAAGAAGAAGCGAUAUCUUCAGGCAGCAAGUAACAAUAGUAGGGAGUAUGCGCUGAAUGUGGGUACCAUAGCUUCUCAGCCUUCUGUAACACAGGCAGCUGUGGCAAGUGUCAUUGAUGAGAGUACCACAGCAUCCAUAUUAGAUUCACAGGCACUGAAUGUGGAGAUAAAAAGUAAUCAUGACAAAAAUGUUAUUCCAGAUGAGGUACUGCAGACUCUGUUGGAUCAUUAUUCUCAUAAAGCUAAUGGACAACAUGAGAUAUCAUUCAGUGUUGCGGACACUGAGGUGACUUCUAGCAUAUCAAUAAAUUCUUCCGAAGUACCUGAGGUUACUCAGUCGGAGAAUGUUGGAUCAAGCUCCCAAGCAUCCUCAUCAGAUAAAGCCAACAUGUUGCAGGAAUACUCAAAGUUUCUGCAGCAGGCUUUGGACAGAACUAGCCAAAAUGAUGCCUAUUUGAAUAGCCCGAGCCUUAACUUUGUGACCGAUAACCAGACCCUUCCAAAUCAGCCAGCAUUCUCUUCCAUAGACAAGCAAGUCUAUGCAGCCAUGCCCAUCAAUAGCUUUCGAUCAGGAAUGAAUUCUCCACUAAGAACAACUCCAGAUAAGUCCCACUUUGGACUAAUAGUUGGUGAUUCACAGCACUCAUUUCCCUUUUCAGGUGAUGAGACAAACCAUGCUUCUGCCACAUCAACACAGGACUUUUUGGAUCAAGUGACUUCUCAGAAGAAAGCUGAGGCUCAGCCUGUCCACCAAGCUUACCAAAUGAGCUCUUUUGAACAACCCUUCCGUGCUCCAUAUCAUGGAUCCAGAGCUGGAAUAGCUACUCAGUUUAGCACUGCCAAUGGACAGGUGAACCUUCGGGGACCAGGGACAAGUGCUGAAUUUCCAGAAUUUCCCUUGGUGAAUGUAAAUGAUAAUAGAGCUGGGAUGACAUCCUCACCUGAUGCCACAACUGGCCAGACUUUUGGCUAAAAAAAAUGUGUAAAUAAUACUGGCACUUUAGAACAGAUUAAUCAAGAGUGGGGUUACUCUGUGUAAAAUGGAGUGCUGUACAGAUUUAAGAGCAAUGCGUUAAAACAAGUUAAGCUGAUAUGAAUAGCAAGAUAAUCCAAUAACUGCAUUUUGUUUGGUUAGUCAGCAUUCUUUGAACUGCCUUACAUGUUGUCACCUUUAUAGAAGCAAUGCAUUACUUGUUUUAGAUCAGAAACUUGCUAUUCCACCUACACCAAGUUUAAAAGGAAAAAAAAAGACUUUCGCACAAUUGUUUCCUAACUGAUAAUAUUGUACAUUUUUAGGAGAUUAGUAAUUGUGUGAAAUUUACUCAUACUGUUUCUAAGUUUUUCAGCAUAGUCAUGGCACUUCAGCAGGGAAUCUGAGUAUAGACAGAGUGAACUUAAAAGUUUAAAUGUCAAGAGAUUAUGGCUUAAAUAAAUUAGUGUGUCCUAUAGGGGGAAAAAAGGAAACCACCUUUUAAAAAGAAUGAUAUGCCAUAUACCCUUGAUUUUCAUUUUGCAUUAUAUUGACAUGUUUUUUUUUUUUGAGAAAAAAGUAAUAAAAAUCUGAUAGUCUAAGACUCCACUAUUUAAAAGCCUAAUUACUUUAAAAAUAUGCAUACUUUCAAAACUUUUACCAAAAUACAUAACUGUUGAAGCAUUCACUUCUGUAUGGAAGUAUGCAUAUUGGUGUCAGUUUCUUUGUACAGUUGUACCUAGAUAUUUUUUAUGAUUUUUCAUGUGCAAGUAUCAAGGUUUUGAAGUUUUAGUAAAAAGAUAUUCUGUAGAUUACAUUCCCAAGAACAUAAUGCUUAUACAAAAUGUAUAUUCCACAUUUUAAAGCUUAAUUGUAUUUUACUUUACAUACAUAUACACUUCAGUUAACAUAGAGCACUUAGAAUCUAUUUGGUAUUUUUGAUUUCUCAAAGUAAAAAAAAAAAAUUUAGAUUUUUAGGUUUGAUAUGGUUGUGUCAUAAUCAUCUCAUAAUUGAAAAUUUUAAUUUUUGGCAAUAAAAGGAAAUUGGAUAUCUUUGGAACUGUAAAACCUGGUUUAAUCCUUCUCUUUCUAGAAUCUUGAUAGAUUGGAUAAUUAAACAGUAUCCAGAGAAACUAAAGAAAUGGGCAUUUUAAUUGCUUAUUUUAUCUUGAGUUACUUUUUAAUGAACACUGCUCAUUACAAUUUUACAAACCAAGAGUGUUUACUAAUUCUAGUAACUACAGUUUCUUUUUCAGCUAGAUGAGUGAUCGGAAACUUUUUGUUGCAUUUCAAAAUCUAAAUAAACUACAGACUUUAUCCUUAUACCACGAAUGUUUUUUUUUUUUAAUUCUUUGUCUUAAAAUAAUACAGCAUGGUACAAUAAAUAGUGCUUUUAUAUAUAUACAUAUUAUAUAUAUACUUUUCUAAAGAAUGAUGGUUUGAGUUACACAUUGGACAGUUUUAAUUUUUGGAAAGUAACAUUAGUUAUAUUGAUUUUAUUAUCCUGUUUAAUUUCUUCCAACUUUUUGGUUUUUUAUUUCAAAUUUCCACUAUCUUUGUCACAAUGCACACGUACUGAUACAGCACCAGUGAUAAUCUAAAAUUAAAACCCUUGGAAGAUGCAACUUUAUGUUAAUUUCCAUUUUAACUUUUGUAUUGGCCUUAUAGAUCUGCAGUCUUUGUUUCAGUAUAGAAUGUUAUACAUUUAAAUUAUUUUUUUCUUUUAUUUAAUGUUAUCCCAAGACUGUUCUCAUAAAGGAAGGGAACAAAGAAAUAUCUACCCUUAACAUCUUUUGCAUUUAUUUUGAAUAUAUGGUGUUUUUAUGAUAAGGAAUAUAAAUUAUGUUUAAUAUGGGUUUCCUCUACACUUUGGUUGUUAAACUUUGCUUGAAAUAUUUUCCCAUUUGACAGCUUUCUUUGCUGCCAAAUUUUUCAAGAAUUUUAGACUUCUUUGAAGUAGAUAUUGAAGUUCUGCCAUUAUUGACUCUUAAGAAUGGUGUGUCUUGCGUUGCACAUUACAACCUCAAGAAGGCUUCAUUCAGGCGAGAUGUUAACAAUGGAACUGUGCUCUCCCUAGGUAUAGGCAUUUUUGUUUUUCUCAUACUACUGUUGGAUGAUGGUAGGCAUUUAUUUUGUUUUUUUGUUUUUGUUUUGAGCCUGGUUAGAAUUUCUGUUCUGUUGAGAACUUGGUACAGAAUAAGGUUUUUUGUUUGUGUUAACAUCACCAGCACAGUUUUUAGAGUGUGGCUCUACUGCUGAGCAGUAAGUCAAGGAGGGAAGGCCUUUGAAAGUGGCAGUCAUGCAAGCAGUUCAGGUGUUGCAUUCCUGUGUUCACCACAUUUCUUUACAUCUACAUAAUGGCAGACUUUUCUACCACAUUAUAAGCAUAUUUUGAGAUAAAUGAUACUUUGGCAUAAUUUACUGACUUACCACUUUUUAAGUAUAGUCAUUGCUCUCUUACUGUGAAAUUCUACAUGCCUACCAGAGUUACCUUGUAUUAUCAUAUGAUAAACAUCUCAGCAGUUUGGGUUUCCCCACUUUGGUUCAGAAAGUUACUUAAUUUCUAUCUGGGCAUUAAUAGAGAAAGCAAGUAGCCUUUUGUGCUGCUUUAAAUCAGAAUAUUGAGGAUAUCCUUUUGCAAUUUUUUUUUCAUUUCUCUUGGUGAGCAAAUUGUUCUAUGAAAACAUACUCUUACACCCUUAAACUUGGCAAAGUGUGAGUGAGGUGUGCUUUCUUAGGACCUGUUCUCAUGUUUGAAGAUUGGAAACAGAUCACAUUAGUUGAAGUAAUAUCUCUUGAACAUCUUCUAAAAGCGUGUUUUUUUUUUAAAAAAAUUUAUUGCACACAUAUUUCAUUUGGUUCAGAAUAUUUGAAGUGGCUCUUAAACUUUUUGGAUCUACUUGCAGAUUUUCUAGUUGAUACCAUAGAAAUCCAUCCUUUUAGCUCUGGCUGAGUGAGGACUGUCCAUGGUUGGGUAAUUUUUCUCGUUUUGAGAGGCAAAAGAGGCCUUGUGCUCAGGGUAGGCUUUCAUUUCCGCAGGCCAGAGAAACUUGCAAAGUGCCAGCUAGGUUAGAUCUUUUGCCACUUCUUUCAUUUUAUUAAUUUGGGUUUUUAAAGGGCUGUUAAAAAAAAAAAAAAAAAAGCCGGGAAACUUAAAAGUAGGCAUUACUGUAAAACUACAUUUCUUAGACUUAGAACAUUUUAAACUAGAACUCGUUUUUUCACAGUAUAUUUACUUGAAGAAGCACUAUUAUAAUCAAUGAGAAACUUUUUGACUCUGCAAUUUAAUUUAAACAUUUUCCGUUUCAAAUUGCUUUAUUUCAGGGAAAUAAUUUUCCAGUUGUUUUUGCUAUAUUCUGCAAAUAAAAAAACAUGUUUCCUUUUUCACUUAAACUUUGGUAGGAAACUAAAGCAGACAAACAUUUCUUGUUGUGUUUGUUGCUUUCUUUAAUCCAAUGGAUAAAAAAGUAAAACCCUGUAAACAUUAUUUUAUUUUUUUAUGCAAUACCAUGCUGUAAAUAUGGUUCAUCAAAUAAGGAUGUACCUAUGAUUGAAUCUUUAAUUCUGCACAGUUAGAGUUUAUAUAUAAACGUGUCUUGACAAUCAAGGACUUUUAUGUGAGUCUUCCUUUAUGAUGUUUAUUAAUGUUAUGCAUUCCAUUUGUUUUGAAGUGAGUACCAAUGUGCUAAUUUGUAUUGUCUGAAAGUAUGUAAUGUUUUUACAGCUUGUUUUUAAGAAUCUGUAAAUAUGUACAAACAAAUCACAGUACUGCUUUAUGUUAGAAGGCAUAUGAUGUUGUACUGUAUGUAAGCAAUAAUACAUAGCAGUGCUAACUUUACAAGUAGCAUCAGGAAAGUUCUAAAAACAUUUCAGAGUUAUUAAUUGUCUUUAUUUCAUUUAAUAAUGAUUAUCUUUAAUCAGUUUUUAUAAGCAAAUUCCAUUGUUCCUCCUAUUGGAACGUAACACUGUUUACACAGCAUAAUUGAAGUUGCAGGGGAGACAGGCUAAAUCUGCCUUCAUCUGUACUCACUUUCACUAAGCAUUGAAUGGCCUUACCACCCUUCUGCAAGAUGGAGGAAGACUGCAAAACUUAGUGCCCAUCACACUGAAGGAAGGGGGUGUGUUUUUUUGCCUGCUUCUGUACUGCUACCUAACUUUGUGGUCUGCUUUGGAUUUUAAUAUUUGUUUCUGUUUUAGAUUCAAGCCCAUAAGUUUUGAGGUGACUUCAGCUCCAUUGUGAAAUAGUUCUCUUCAUAUUUCAUAGCUACAUUUCAAUAAUUCUAAACUUUCUACUUUGAUUUUUAGAUACUUAUUUUUCAACCUUGAUUUCUCAGCUGAUCAGAUGAAUUUAUUCAACUUCAAUACAAAGAAAGACAAACCUAUUGUAGUUUGAUUUGAGUAGAUAUUAUACUGUACAGAACAGCUAACUAUUUGAACACACACAUCACUGCUUUAGAAAUAAAACCGCCAAUUUAUAAAUGUAUAUGACCUACAUUUUAUAGGAAAAAUGUUUUUAAAUGCUAGUCAUUUAUAUAAUGUGCUUUGAAGGAUUUGCUAGUCCACUUCUGUCACUUUUUAGUACACUGGUAUCUUUUAUAUGUAAUGUAUGCUUUUUAUUAUUGUAGCAGAGCAUUUCAGUAGAAAGAAUUUUGCAACAAUAAGGGGGAAAUUUUUCAUUGUUGGAUUUGAAUUAUACUGGAUUUUAUCUGUGUAGUCUUACUUGUCUUUAUUUUAAUGCUGUCUGGAAGGGAACUUGUUAUCCAAAUAAAGCAGGUAACCUCAUCUUACUUCAAGGGCAUACUGUGUAGUGCUGAAUUUAACCUGGAAAUCUGAUGAUUUUGAAAAGAAAAACAAGUUUCUAAAAAUUGUACAGAAGAAAUUAAAUGUGUAAUGGAAAUCCUGAUGGUGGAGCACGUUGAAUUUUCUGAUACAUAGUGUUAUUUUCCUGGGAUCCCCUAUGCCUUCUUUGUAUUUCAACUAAUAAAGGAAAAACCUUGUCAUUGAAACUGGUAGGAUAAUAGGAUAUUCUGAAUAUACAGUAUUACUUUUCCUAUCCCAUUUUCUGACCCUUUCUCAAUCACUGUAAAUUUUAUUUUCUAUUUCCUAUUGAUAAUUAAACAUGUACAUAAUAUAGACACUGUUGUAUAGAAUUGAAUGAAUUGGGUUGCUAUGCUUGAGUGGGUAACUAAGUGGAAAUAUGGAUACUGGGAAUUUAUGAAAUGCCAGAACAAAUUUAUAGGAAAAAGGGGAGCAUCAUGUAUGUCCUGAAAGGUCAUAGCCGAUGUUUCUUCAGCCCUCUGGGAAAUCAGUGUGAAAGAACUACAAACUCAGUAUCUGACACAAGUGGGUCUUUUCCUUCCCCACCUCCCCUUCAAAUAUAUGAGCACUAAAUUUCAAAGUACUCAGGUGAAAAUUGCUUUGCAAUGAAACUUAUCACAUUGAAAUUUUCACUGUCAAAUGAAAAGAUAUUUGUGAUAUUUUUAAAUACAAACUUUCACAUUGGUAGUCAGCAGCCUGGCAAUUGAAAUUCAGUAAGUCAGUAUAUUUUAAAAUACAUUUUACCCUCCAAACAGAAUUGUUUUUAAACAAUUGGGAGGAUUUUUUGUUGUUGUUUAAAUGCGUUUUUUAUUGUCAUUGUAAAAAUAAAAUUUUGCUUGACCCCAUGUUAUGCUGAAUGAAUUGCUGAGCCUUUAUAAUACAAUGAAAGUUUGUUUCAUGCAUAAUCAUGGAACACAGAAAUGUUCUUUAAACUGACCUAUUCGUUUAGAGGUUUAAUGAGUUUCACAGCUUCUGGCAUUGUCAUGUAGUUAACCUUGCCAUUUGGAGUUUAUAAUACCAUUUUAUGUAUUAUGAUACUAAAGGAAGUUGUUUUUGUUUUAUUUUUAAUUGAAUUAUUAGAUAAUUUAUAUUUGCAAAUUCUGCAUUUUAAAUGUGGACACUGGCUGUUUGAAAAAUAAAAUCAGAAUACAGUUUUAUGAAUAAUUUCCUAGCUGAAUUUUUCACAAUAUUCUGAACCAAAUAACUAAUGGAAAAUAUUUUAAAACUGUGGAAAGAUCAAUAUUAAAAAGAGAAAAAGGAUGUCUAUAUGGAAUGAACAGUUUGUUACACAAAUUGGGUAACAGCAGGGCCUUUACUGUAGCUUUGUGUAGAACAUUAUUUAUUAGGCAGUUCUAAGGUGUUAGUCACCCAGUAUUUUAGACUUGAGAUAAACUUAACAUAGAGCCAAGAAUAAGGGCAUAAGAACAUAUAUGAUUUUUUUUCUUUGUAGAUACGAUUCAAUUAUCAUCAUACAUGGAAUUUUUUUUUUUUUUUUCCCGUUAAUGAAGAUUUGUUUUCAUCCAUUUACCUCCUUGCCAGUCCCCCCCUCCCUAUUUUGUGACCAGUGGGACACAUUGUAAGAAAGCUGUCUGCAGCUAGGAGUGCAGUUUGGGUCCUUGGGACAAAUAGAAACUUACUGGCUUUUGCAGAGAUUAAUCCUAGGACCCUGACUUUAUUAGCAUGGUGCUUUAACCAAUUAUACAUAAUAAUACCACCUAUAGUCUACUAACCCAUUUCCUAGAUCACACUUUUUCUUGAAUGAUUAUGAAUGGUAGGGAGGGGGGUGGUGAGAUACUCUACAUGAUAGUUCUCCCACCUUCUGAAGAUUACAGAAAAAAUUGAAGUCAUUUGAA